GUGAAGGGCUCGCCCCUCCCGCUUCCCCCUCGCUUCCCCUUUCUCCUCAUCGUGCUCUGUCCUCUCGCGCAGUCCCUUUUGUAAGUGCCCAUCGUCCACAACUGCAUAUAUAGGUACUCAGUCGCUUGCCCUGCUAACAAACAGAAACGCGCAUUACACCAUAAUGGAACUUCAACCACGAGUCAAAGAUGAAGCACCUGUCAUUGCCGCAGAAAGUGUCGAUCACAGUAGCGACCUAACGCGAGACGACAAAGACCUCAUCAGACUUGGCAAAAAGCCAGUUUUGAAGCGGAACUUCGGUUUCAUGUCCGUUCUUGGGUUCUCUUGCACGGUGUUGAUCACUUGGGAGGGCAUGCUUAUAGUCUCAACCCAGAGUUUAUUGAAUGGGGGGCCGGCAGGAGUCAUAUGGGGAUAUCUCAUAGUAUGGAUUGGCACUCUCUCGACAUUUACAGUUCUCUCAGAACUAGCUUCAAUGGCUCCUACCUCAGGUGGUCAAUAUCAUUGGGUUGCCAUGCUGGCGUCCAGUUCCUCAAGGCGUUUCCUCAGCUAUAUCACCGGGUGGUUAACCAUGGCUGGCUGGCAAGCAGUCACUGCCUCUGCAGCUUACCUUAUCGGGACCCUUCUACAGAGUGUCAUCAUCCUUCUUAAAUCCGACUACACCCCCAAGCCCUGGCAAGCAGUACUUUUCCUAUGGGCUGUAUUAGCCUUUGCAGUCUUCAUCAAUACCGUGGCUAGCAAAACACUAGCGUAUUUCGAGGGUUUGAUAUUGGUGCUACAUGUUCUGGGUUUUUUCGCUGUUCUUAUUCCCCUCGUUUAUUUAUCACCUCAUGGCGAUGCUUCCUUGUUCACCACGUUUGUCAACGCUGGAGGAUGGCCAACUCAAGGGUUAUCUUUCGUGGUCGGGCUACCUGCCGCCGUGUUCUCUCUUAUUGGGGCUGAUUCAGCCGUUCAUAUGGCCGAAGAGAUAAGGAAUGCAUCAACCGUGGUUCCCCAAGCAAUAACCACGAGCAUUGUACUCAACGGAGUUUUCGGGUUUGCAAUGAUGAUAGCAUACCUAUUUUGCCUUGGGGACCUUGACGCGGUGCUUGAAUCCCAGACAACUUUGGGAUACCCAUUCCUCUAUGUCUUUCAGGUUGGGACUGGUUCUACUCCGGGUGCAGCAGUGCUCGGCCUGAUUAUUGUGGUUCUUGGGGUCUGCAGUACUGUAGGUGUCCUAGCUUCCUCAUCUAGAAUGCUAUGGUCAUUCUCAAGAGAUCGUGGGGUCCCGUUCUGGAGACAAUUCAUCAAGCUCGAACAUCGUACAUCCAUCCCGGUCUAUACUAUUGCAUUCACCACGUCAAUUUCCAUACUUUUGUCACUUAUUAUACUUGGUUCGGGCGUUGCAUUCAGCAACAUUGUCAACCUUAGUGUUGCCGGACUCUACUCUUCGUACCUUAUCAGCUGUGUGCUUCUUCUCUGGCGUAGACUGCAGACAAACCGCAUCAAGCCAUAUAGUCCCGAAAUCACCAGGGUCGGGCCAGACAAACUACACUGGGGCCCGUGGAGGGUUGUGGGAGUUUGGGGAGUACUAAAUAAUGUGUUCGCCUGUGUCUAUCUGUCAGUCCUCUGGUUUUGGAGCUUUUGGCCGCCUGUUACCCCUAUUGUUCCGGCGACCUUCAAUUUCAAUGUCUUGACCUUUGGGGCCACAACAUUGUUUGCCGUUAUAUGGUAUUUUGUCACAGGGAAGAAGCAGUAUAAAGGCCCUAUAGUAGAGGUCGAGUUAUAAGAAAAAAGGAUAAUAAUAUUGAUACAUGG